AAAUGAAGAAUGAAGACUGGGAGGUGGACCAUGAGGCAUGUGGUGGAAUGGGGCUCACAGGGCCUAACCCAACCACCAGUCUUCUCAACUACUCACCCAAAAGCAAGUUGGAGAAUCUGUGGGCGUUUACUAUGAAAUCACCCCAACUCUCCAUUUAUCUGCCUUAAUUUAUUCCGAGUCUUUAUGAAAAUAAAACAUUAUUAGGAGUUCAAAAAUCCCUACAUAACACAAGCCAUUCUCCUUUUCAUUCACAAGCCCCUCCCUCUAAGCCUCAAAUACUAAAGAUGUGGUCAAGUGAUCCUGAAACCCAAGUGGCAAAUGCAAUUUUGAGUAAAACUGUCCUGACCCAGAUGCAGAUGACUCCAAGCCAAAUUUAGUCUUCUUCAAACAUGUUGACCAGCAGCUCAGCAAAGGCUUGUCCCACAACCACAAAAUGGUAAUGAGUCAUCAGGAACCCUAGUGAGAACCCUGAACUAAUAAAUAAUAACACUUUGACUAUAACUAUUUGUAGUUAUAUGAGGACUGGAAUAACUUUAUAGCUAUGCAAAUGGCUUUGUUGAUUAUAAAAAUGGAGUUCAUGCAAGUCUCAUAUAGCUGGACAAACGUCAACUCCAAGUCCACCCACAAAAAACCUCAGCACUGUACACUCCCCCACAAACUUCAGAUUGUGUUUUCACACUGUUCCCAACUUUUUCUGACCACCUUCUUUUCUUUCUUAAAGCAAUGUGUUCCCUUGUUUGACAUUCGCCCUCUAGAGAGAAAAGAGUAUCUGACUCAGUAAUUAUCGUAUCUUCUCCACCCAGCAACAGCAGCCUCAGUAUUGUAUUAUCAAAACAACCCACCUAAGUUCUGUGGCUAUGGCUGUUGACUUGCAUGGAAGGGAGUCUUUGCUUCCAUCUCAGUUUUUCACUGAAGAUGAUUUUAUCUCUGAGAAGAAGCAUAUCAACAAGGGGGGCAGUUCCGGGGCUUGCUUUGCCUGGGAUGUUCCUAACAGGGUUGCUUCAUGUGGGUCUAGUUUGAUCGAGAUGGAGAGCGACGAGGAUGAUUGCAUUGCUAAGUUGACUCGCCGAUUGGCUCAGUCUCAGUACCUUCUUGAAGAAGAUGACCCAGACGUUGGCUCCGAGAACCCUAAGUUAUGGGGUUUCACCGGUUGGCCUCAGUCGACUCUCUGGUCUCCCUUGGGCCCGAAUCUUGGAACCCAAAGAGAAACACCGGUGUCUCCGGCAACGGCCAUAAGCGGAAAAGGGGGCACUUGGGAUUUGUUUUACGACGCUGCCGGAAUCAACGACGAUGGACCCAGAUAUCACCAUUCUCCAAAACUUCCGGCCACAUCCCUAAAGUCCAGUUUAAUCAAUCCCGUGAAGAACCCCAACGCUGGAUUCUACAGUAACCAAGAUCUCUCUGAUGAUCACCUCCGAGCUUUUCAAUUUUAUCAGCUGAAGCAGCAACAGCUUAUGAAGCAAAACAGAGACUCGGUUCUGUGGGAAAGAAGAGGAUGGGCAACUCAGAGACAGCAGAGCAAGGAGAGGGCUUGUAGUGGGUUUGGGAACACGCCAACAUGGGCUGCUCUGCCACAGCAACCGACCCACAAAGCAGCGGGUUCAGGUCUGAGGGCCAUUUUCCUUCGUGGGUCUGAUUCCAGAAGUGGGUCUUGUGGCACCGGUGUUUUCUUGCCUCGUGGAACCGGCAACCCUUCAGAUUCACGCAAGAAACAGGAAUGCUCCACUGCCCUUAUACCAGCCAGAGUAGCCCAGGCCCUGAAACUCAACUUUGAUGAAAUGGGUGUUGUAUCACCAUCCCUGGGUGGCCGUUUGUCUCUGCAACAUGAUGCGGCACCAGGGCGAAGGAACAGCCUGUAUCCACCGCAGAAGCAGCACUGGCCGGCGCCUCCUGCAAUGAAGCACCAAGAGAUGAAUGUUCCUCGGGGAUGGACUCACUGACACUUGAUGAGGCCCCUCUAAUCUUAUGAUGAAAUGCUCAAGUCACAUAGAAAAAAGGAAAAGGAAAAAAAUGAUAGACAAUGAUCAAAAGCAAAAUAUUGCUGAGAUUUUUCUUCUUUGGUUUUUCAGGAUUUCAGGGGUGAGAAUUUGGAAAAAGGAAAGGAAUAAAAGUUGUCUGAGAGGGAAAAAUAGAGAGUCUAUAAGGGUUAUCAUUAGGAAUGAUGAUGAUUUAGGUACGAUUAGUGGUUGGUGGGGGGCGGGGAUUGGCCUUUUGGAAAAGCGCUUGUAAUAAUGUUAGAGAUGUUAACAAAAGAGAGUUGCCCUGCUUA